GAACUUUGUUGAUAAACUUUGUACCGUCGGAGCAGAUGGAAAUUUCAAAUUAUAUAUUUUUAGCGGUUUUCAUAAAAUUAUUUACCCUAAUUAUGUUAAAGUUUAAAAACGGAUGUUACUCUUGAGUGUAUUAUAUUUAUUAUAUUUAAAACCUCCCAUUAGGGCCUUUUCGUUCAAUUAGGACACCGCGCGAACACUGUAUUUCAUAAUUUACAAAGAUCAGUCAAUUUUUAAGGUUAUGUGUUAUGUAUUCUAUCUGCCUGACAAGUGAUCGUAAAACGUAAACAAUUUUUUUUACUUUAAAAUACAGGCAUAAAUAACAGAUUAGUGGAGAUGAGUAUUUAUUUUGAGAAUCCAAGAAAAGCUUCUCCAAAAUUCUAAUAAUAAAUGCAUAUUUUUUUUCAAUUUAAAUUUAUUCACGUGUUUACAGCGACGGUCGUAAUGGAUAAUGUGGAAGUAGUUUUAGAUGAAUUGUACGAUAAACUUUUACAAAUUAAAUAUCCUGGUGUUGCAAAGGCGACUCGUAAUGAUAUGCAAGACAUAGUUCUUGCGUGUGAAAACCGAGUAUUUCUUUUAUCUUGGCUCUUUGGAAAAGUUUCCGAUGUCAAUGGUAAAGAAUUUACAGACAAACCUAAUGAAUCCACAGUUGUUCAAUGGUAUUCGGAAAUGGGUAUUUCUGAUGACCCUGAAGUUCUUAUGGGAAGAGUUCCAAUAAAAAACCAAAUAUUUACUCUGAAAAGAUUAUUGCUAUUUAUAAACAGUGUUUGUCUGGUUGAUCAGCCGUGUAACAAUGGCCAAGUUGAUGUUCUGGAUUUGUACAAAAAAUGCAGUGAAAAUUUCAAUGCUGUACUAUCAACUUCACAGUUGACUCAAAAACUGUCUUACAACGGAGCACUUCAAGUUCUGGAACACUGCAGAGAUCGAUUAAAUAAAACAACUGUUAACAAUCAGAAAUCCUAUGAAAACCAAAAUGAUUUACUCGCUAAUGGGAUAAACCGAACAGUUGAUAAUCACGAUGACCAUGCAGAGCCCGAGAAUGAACUUUCCCAAUCGGAGUCAAAUCCAGACACCAGUAAUUGUUCAGACUUGAAAGAACGUAUUUCGAAAUUUUUGACAGCUUUUGAGAAUGCAUCUACUUGGUCAAAGCCUGAUAAUUGCGAGUCAAAAGCUGUUCCUUCAAAACCAAUGGAUCAUUGUAUCCAAAAUGUAUAUUCAAAUAUGACAACUCUCAAAGAGUCAUUCCAAUCGAAGGAUCAAAUUGCGAAUUGCGCCACGAUUGAACCACUGAAACGACAGGACAUGGCACUUGAUUGUACGAUCGAAAACAUCGUUAUUGCCAUCGAGGAGUACCACAGAUUACAAAAUAAUGAUUGAACUAGUGAACUUUUUUAAAAAUACGACUAAAAAUCUUGAUACUUUCGUAACCUUUCUAUACUUAGUUAUCUUGGAGUAUUUUUGCUCCAAUGACCGCAUUAACUAGUUUGAGAACCAGCGAGGUUCUACAAGAGGAUUUUUCUCUCAAGGAUUCAGAUCAUUUAUCGCUUUAAAACUAUAAAAGUUCAAGUAUGAAUGUACUCUUUGAACUAAAAAUUAACUGGUCUAAGAAUUUGAAAAACAAAAUUUAUGAAUAUAAAGUGAAACCAUAUCACCCUGAUAAAUUUGUUUUUUCCAAACAGGAAAGUUUUUAUUUUUUUUAAAUGUUCUUAAAUAAAUAAGCCAUAUACAGA